AUGGACGAGAAAAUACCCACCGGAGCUGGAGAGUAUUCCACUCCUCCCAGUGAAAUCGAAACCAGCCGCGAUUGGAGUGUUGAGGAGGAGAGAAAGGCAAAGUGGAAGUUGGAUCUCCUCAUCAUGCCUAUUCUGACUCUUGGAUUCUUCUGCCUGCAGCUUGACAGAGGAAACAUCGCGAAUGCCCUCACGGACAAUUUCUUCGAAGAUGUCGGCAUCACUCAAGAUCAGUUCAAUGUCGGUCAGCAGAUGCUGUCUCUCGGAAUCGUUCUUUUUGAGAUCCCAAGCAACAUGGUCCUCUAUCGAGUCGGUCCCGGAAAGUGGUUGACGCUUCAACUCUUCCUGUUCGGCACGGUCUCAACAUUCCAGGCCUUUAUGAGCAAUUAUGGCUCCUUUAUCGCGACUAGAUUCCUGCUUGGUAUCACCGAGUCUGGCUUCAUUCCUGGCGGUCUCUGGACCUUGUCGACUUGGUACACCCGAAAGGAAACUGCGAAAAGGGUCAUGUUCUUCUAUUUCGGUAACCAAUUUGGGCAGGCAUCGGCCAAACUCCUGGCAUACGGUAUCCUACACAUGCGAGGUGUUGGCGGCAAACCCGGCUGGUUUUGGCUCUUCGCCCUCAUGGGUGGGUUCACCUGCCUUUCCGGUCUCAUCUUCGGCUUCUUUCUGCCCGACUCCUUCAAGAACCCACACAGUACCUUCUUGCCGAAAGUGCAGAUCUUCACCGAGCGCGAGAUUUACAUUCUGAGGACUCGUGUGCUGCGCGAUGAGCCGGCCAAGGGCAAGAAGAAGUCGAGGAUUGGGUUGACUGCAUUCAAGAAGACGUUUUCCAACUGGCGCAUGUGGGUGCACUUCCUCAUCACGCUGGCCAACAACGGACCACAGCGUGGAUUUGACACCUACGCUCCAUCGAUUGUGCGGGCCAUGGGCUUCAAGGGUCUAUCCGCCAAUGCUCUAGCUGCCGUGGGUCUCUUCAUUCAGAUUCCAGUGUCCUUCUCUUUCAGCUGGUUCUCAGACCGAUACAAUCGUCGCGGCGAGACCGUCAUCGCUGGUCUGAGUAUGGUCAUUCUUGGUUACGCCUUCAACCGUGGCUUCACUGAGCUCACAGGCCCGUCGACCCAAGGCGCAAAAUACUUCGGUGUCGUCUGGACACAAAUCUUCGGCACGUUCUCGCACCCACUCAACAUCACCUGGAUGUCCUUGACCUGCACCGACUCCGAGGAACGCGCUUUAGCCAUGGCCAUGGUGAUCAUGGGCGCAAACAUCGCUGGAAUCUACGGAGCACAGUUGUACAGAGAGGAUGACAGCCCGAGAUAUCGUCGUGCUUUCCUCGUUGCCAUGGCCGUGCUCAUUUUCGGAUGCGCACUGUCGAUCGUGAGGAAGAUUGACGAGAUUCGGCUGCGCAGGAAGCACAGAGACGAUAGCUUGGUAAAGGAGGCUUCGCAAAGUGAGAUCGAUGCGUACGAUAACUUGCAAGUGCAGCCUUUGCCAGUCGCUGCGGGGCCUCCGCCUGCCGCUGUCGCCGCCGAUGUGCCAACCGUGGUGAGGUAG